AUGACUUCCUCUUACUGUUUGUCUUCAACUAGAAACACUACAAAGCCAGAAGCCUUGUUAGCUCACAAAUCUCAUCUUUUCUUUCCCAAACAGAGGCAAAUCUGUGCCUUUCCUAGUGAAACUCAGUUUUUCAAGAAGGAUACUUGCUCAGUUUUAAGACUAAGAAAUUAUGGUUUCAUAUACUCUUUUGCUGCCUUGUCAUCUUUUGCUGGAGCAGAGGGUGAUAAAGGUGAGAAGUUGGAAGUCCAAGAAAAUGAAGAUUCUGAGGCUUACAUGCAUGGAAUGGCACAGGCAUUCAAUAUAUCUUCAAAUACAGCUUCUGCAAUUUCAAUAUGCAUUGCAUUGGCUGCCCUUGUUGUCCCAAUUUUCAUGAAAUCUUUGGGUCAAGGAUUGGCCAUGAAGUAUAAGAUGUUGUCAUAUGCAACUCUGUUGUUUGGAUUUUACAUGGCGUGGAAUAUUGGAGCCAAUGAUGUUGCCAAUGCCAUGGGGACUUCUGUUGGUUCAGGAGCACUUACUCUCCGGCAGGCUGUCUUAACAGCAGCAGUUCUAGAGUUCUCAGGGGCACUGUUAAUGGGAACACAUGUAACUAGUACAAUGCAGAAGGGGAUUCUUGUGGCCAAUGUUUUCAAGGGAAAGGAUAUGUUACUCUUUGCUGGUCUGCUUUCUUCUCUGGCUGCGGCAGGAACAUGGUUGCAGGUUGCAUCAUAUUAUGGUUGGCCAGUAUCAACGACACACUGUAUUGUAGGAGCCAUGGUUGGUUUUGGUCUUGUUUAUGGGGGACCUGGUGCAGUCUUUUGGAGUUCACUGGCAAAAGUAACUUCCUCAUGGAUGAUCUCACCCUUGAUGGGAGCAAUGGCGUCCUUUCUUGUCUACAAAUGCAUCCGCAGGUUUGUUUAUAGUGCUCAGAAUCCAGGACAAGCAGCAGCUGCAGCUGCACCUCUUGCUGUUUUUGUUGGUGUGACUGGAAUCUCAUUUGCAGCCUUCCCUUUGAGCAAGACACUACCUCUAGCUAUUGGCCAGUGUCUAGCCUCUGGCAUAGUUUGUGCAUUUGUAUUUGAUAAAAUCAUUCGAGGUCAACUCGGGCACCUCCUUGCCAAGUCCGAUUCUAAAGAACUAGAGACAGAGUCAAUCGGCACUAAAAACAUUGGAUUUCUUUCAGAUAUAGCAGGUCCUAAAGGAACCCAAUUGAAAAUAGUAUAUGGUGUUUUUGGUUAUAUGCAAGUCUUAUCAGCCUGCUUCAUGUCGUUUGCUCAUGGUGGAAAUGAUGUCUCCAAUGCAAUAGGCCCUCUGGCUGCAGCAUUGUCCAUUCUACAAGGCGGACUCAGUGCAGCCGAGAUUGUUAUUCCUAACGAUGUUCUAGCAUGGGGAGGUUUUGGAAUUGUGGCAGGGCUAGCAAUGUGGGGAUACAGAGUGAUUUCAACUAUCGGAAAGAAGAUAACAGAAUUAACGCCAACACGAGGAUUUGCAGCUGAAUUUGCAGCUGCAUCGGUAGUAUUAUUCGCAUCCAAGUUGGGGCUACCUAUUUCAGCCACCCAUACCCUAGUGGGUGCAGUCAUGGGGGUGGGUUUUGCUAGAGGACUUAACAGCGUUAGAGCAGAAACUGUGAAGGAGAUUGUGACUUCCUGGAUUGUGACUAUUCCAGCUGGUGCGUUCUUUGCUGUCACCUAUACAUGGAUAUUGACUAAGCUCCUAGCAUACCUACUCUAAGUGAAAAUUGAAAAUAAAAUUAUGAUGUAUUUAUUAAUUGUAAAUCACGUAGAUAUACCUUCUAUAGUGAUUUGAAUUUUGGAACCUAAUUGGAUUCUCUUGAUCGAGAGUAGUAGUCCAUCAGUCUGGAGAAAAGAACGAGAAAUCCGGUUUUGCAGCACAUCAGUCCCCUAGUUAAAUUGUUUUAUCCCCUGAUGAACUAGUGCUUCAGUCUUCAGCUAGUUCUGCUCAUUUUAUA